AUGAAUAGUUGGCACCAAAAGCGAGUGUGGGGUGUUGUUUUUUAUUUUAAUUAAUUUAAAAUUAUCGUUCGUGAAAUAACUUGUGUGUAUGAACGUUGUACUUUUUUGUAUGAGAAUAAAGUAGUUUAAAUUAAAUCAAGUAACAGUGGUGAUUGUCAUCUAGCAUGUUUACAUCAAGUUGAAAUAGAAAGUUUAUCGAGUUCUGGUUAAGUAAAAAUGUCGUCGCCGUCCAAGCACCGCUUUAAGAAACAGAGUUGGUACAAACGUCUGAUGUACAAGAGAUUGCCGAUCGCAAGAUGGAUGCCUGGAUACAACUCGGAAAAGGCCAUUGCUGACUUGAUUGCUGGCAUUACAGUUGGUCUUACAGUGAUACCACAAGCUUUAGCUUACGCUACGCUUGCCGGACUACCGCCACAGUAUGGCCUUUACUCAUCAUUCAUGGGCUGCUUCAUCUAUACAAUUUUCGGGUCCUGCAAGGAUAUUACUUUGGGCCCGACAGCGCUAUUGGCUUUAAUGACAUACGAACAGAUACAAGGAAGGAAUUUCGACUACGCAAUAUUGCUUUGUUUCCUAACGGGCGUCGUUCAACUGGUUAUGGGAAUAUUGCAUUUAGGUGUUCUAAUUGACUUCAUAUCAGUCCCGGUGACUGUAGGUUUCACCUCAGCGACUUCCGUAAUCAUCGCAGUUUCACAAUUUAAAGGGCUUUUGGGUUUGCAAUUUAAAUCUAGAGGAUUUAUCGAUACCGUGAAAAAGGUUAUUGUGAACAUACCAAACGCAAGAUUGGCAGAUACCGCGUUGGGCAUAUCUUGUAUAAUCAUCCUUCUUGUUAUGCGGAAAAUGAAGGAUAUAAAUUUACCCUCAAAUCAGAAAGGAAUUAAAAAAACUUUAUGGUUACUCUCAACAUCUAGGAACGCUAUUAUUGUAUUGCUUUGCUCUUUAAUGGCAUUCUUUUUUGAUCGAUACUCAGAGUCGCCUUUUAAACUAACCGGCACUGUCAAAGAAGGUCUGCCCGCGCUGGGCUUGCCGCCUCUCAGCACGGGCUACGGAGGGAGGAAUGUCACAUUUAUCGAAAUGUGCUCAGAUCUUGGCUCUUCGAUUGUUUUGGUGCCAAUUAUAGGAGUACUAGGCAAUGUUGCUAUCGCUAAAGCUUUCGCGAGUGGGGAAUCUGUGGACGCUACACAGGAGUUACUAACUCUGUCAUUAGCCAAUAUCUUUGGUUCAUUCGUCAGCGCGAUGCCGAUCACGGGCUCAUUCUCCCGUAGCGCGGUGAACCACGCCAGCGGCGUCGCUACGCAAUUUGGAGGCAUUUAUACGGGUAUCUUAGUAUUACUAGCUCUUAGUCUAUUGACGCCUUACUUCUAUUUCAUACCGAAGGCAUCUCUUGCAGCUGUCGUUAUAUGCGCAGUCAUAUUUAUGAUAGAAUAUGAGGUUGUGAAGCCGAUGUGGCGAUCACGUCGUGCGGACUUGAUGCCCGCGUUCGCGACGUUCGCGAUCUGUUUAGUUGUUGGCGUAGAGCUCGGUAUCGUCGCCGGAGUUGUGCUCAAUGUGGUACUCUUACUGUACCCGAGCGCCAGACCGCAGUUAGAAGCAGAGAUUGUUACUACAUCUUCUGGUUUUAAUUACUUGCUGGUGACGGUUGGCAAUAGCCUGUACUUCCCAAGCGUGGAGUACAUCCGGCAGUACGUGUCGCGCGCCGCGCAGAAGCAGGCCGCCUGCAGCAUGCCCGUUGUUAUCGACUGCAGAUAUGUACUAGGCGCAGAUUUCACAGCGGCUAAGGGUCUGUGCGCGCUGUCCAGCUCGCUGUCUUCCCGCGGCCAGCCGCUGGUGCUGCUGUCGCCGCGCGCCAGCGUCGCUGCUGUCUUCAGCGGCGCCGGCUCCAGCGUGCUUGUGGUGCUCACACCUAAUGAACUGGAUUCUACGUUACAAGAUUUGACAGGUCACAUAGCGCUACCAAUAAUUGAUAAAGAGAACGUGUCGCCGCCGCCCGCGUACCACUCCUUACAGACUGUAGAGGUCGUCAUAGGAGACGAACACAAUACUACACCAUUAUUAAAAAACACAACUGAAAAUAGGAAAAAUAAUACAGAAGUCAACGAUACUUGACUUAAUUCUUUAUAUUAGUUUAAACAAUUUACGACCAAAUAUUGAAACGAUUUUAAAUGUAAGUCGUCGUGUUGAAACGCUAAA